GUACAUUAUGCUGAGUGUUUGCUCCGGGGGCGGCAUCUUGUGGUAACUGUCGGAAAUUUCCCAGGAAAAUGGUCAGGGAUUUGAUCACAGAAAUCGCAGUGCUGAUGUGUUCAGUGGCAUCCUGACUACAAACCAAGGCAGUUCCAAGUUCAUGAUACAGGGUGACAUUGCAAUCAAAAGGACCAGGAAUUCUCUGAGCUGCUCAAAAAAAUCGUGCCUAUGGUCUAGAUCAGGAGGGGGCCUAGUCUAUGUGCCAUACACACUGUCCACCAACUACACUUCGGAUGAGAAGACCAUUAUCAGAGCAGCGAUGGAUGAGGUUGCUGUUCUCACGUGUAUACGUUUUGUACCUCGUAACAUGGAGCCAAAUUAUCUGAGGAUCCAGCCGUAUGAUGGGUGCUGGUCAUAUGUUGGCCGGGUUGGAGGAGCACAAGAUAUCUCCCUGAUGAAGACGGGUUGCCUACACCGUGGGAUCAUACAACAUGAGCUGCUCCACUCCUUGGGCUUCCAGCAUGAACAGUGCAGGAGUGACAGAGACAAGUAUAUCCGCAUCAACUGGGAGAACAUCAGCCAAGACAAAGAGCGGAAUUUCUACAAAAUUAAUACACAGAACCUAGUAGCUCCCUAUGAUUACCUCUCCGUUCUACAUUAUGGCAAAUUUGCCUUUUCUAAUAAUGCCGGGAAAGCAACGCUGGAACCCACUGGGAAUCCCACUACUCUGAUUGGCCAACGCAUUGGGCUGAGCUCUCUGGACGUUGUAAAAAUAAACAAGAUCUACCAAUGCAGUACCUGCAGUUUCCUGUUGCCUGAUCCUCACGGACGAUUCUCUUGGGAUUCAAAGUUGUACCCAAACACUUCGACCUGUCUUUGGCUUAUCCGUGUUCCGGAGGGCAAGAUCUUCCUGCAGUUUGAAUCCUUCAAUAUCCAGUCUUCACCUUCUUGUGGCAGGGGCUUCAUGAGGGCUUACGAUGGACCAAACACAGAGUCCCCUUAUCUACACCCAAAGACCUGUGGAGAUCUACAACCACACGGUCUGGUGGCCUCUGGGAGUCUAGUGAGGAUUGAAUUUUUCAGCCGUGGGACUGGAGUUAGCUUCAAGGCAAGAUAUGACACUGUAAAAUGUGGCCAUUCCAUGAAAGAUUCAGCAGGGAACUUUUCGUCUCUGGGAUUUCCAGCAAAAUACCCCAACUCCUUGGACUGUGUAUGGAGUCUAUCGGCACCUCCUGGGAAUAAGAUUAUUUUACGAGUUAGACCUUUCAGCCUGGAGCCAUCUUUGGGCUGCAUCUAUGAUUACGUUCUCUUCCGUGAUGGCCACAAACAGAAGAAGCACUGUGGUGUUAUUCCUGACCUGGAAAUCACCUCCUCUAGCAAUUCCCUUCUCAUCCAUUUUCACAGUGAUGUGUCAGUGCAGGCUGAUGGAUUCCAUGCCAUGUACUCCUUUGCUCCUGUUACUUAAUUAGAGUUCUCAUAUUUCUGUCUGAGAAGUCACACUGUGUCCAAAGCCGCUGUCUGGGAACAUUGCUAGACACAGAAGCUUAAAAAUGCGACGGCAGAUGGCAGCAGUGCCUGGAAUGAUGAACACACAAUGUAUAGUGAAUGCUUUUCCUGAUUGUUUAUUUUCAACAUUCAAAGGUUUUAUUUUCUAAGACGUUUUUAAUCUUCCCUUUCAUAAUUAAUUCUACAUAUGAGCAAAAUUUAAUCAAACAUUUAUCAUUGCAAAAGAAAAAAAAUAAAAAAGAUAUAAACCAA